UUUUACAUAAGCUUGUAAUAAAGCAGCAGAACAAUCCAACAAAGGACAAACCGCUUCACAGGCUGCAAGAGACACACGGGCGGAUUACAAUGUUCUUUCUUGUGCUUUUCUGAACAAGUUGAAGCUUCUUUUUAAAAGAAAUUCAUGAUAUCUACACAUAAAAGAGAACCUGGCUUCUACAUGAGGUUGGCACGUCUUUGAAGAAAGACAAGAAAAGUAAAUAAAGGAGAAUUAUCAAGAUUUCAGGUCCUGUGUGGAAAGUAGACAAGCACAAUGGAGGAGCUGAAAUACAGGGGGAAGAAAAGAGAGGGAAGACACAGGGAUACGUGGGAUCCGUUCCAACUGAACCCUGUAGGAGCAGAAAAGGAGCAGAAAAAAAGAUGUUUUGUUCUGGCUCAGUACCUCGUGGCUGUUAUUGUGGGGAUAGCAGUCCUGGUCAGUGCUGUUAUUGCUAAGGGGUCUCUCUUGGUGUUGUCAACGUUGUCUAGUCCAACUUCAAUGCGCACCCCAAAGGAAAAGCAGUUCUACAUGCUGAUGUUGGUGUUCUGCCUGGUCAGCCCAAAUUUCCUUGUGUUUAUAAAAUCGCUGUGGCGGUGUGCCUUCAAGAGUUUUGUUCAACCCAACAUGAAGACCAUGGCAUCUAUUUGCCUCAUCGAGUGUUUGGUGUCUCUUGGCACUUCAGUCCUGGUGCUCGUCGUCAUGCCUCAGUUUGACAUACUGACUAAUCUCUUCAUCAGCGGAGGAGUCUGUAUCGUUUCUGCGAUACUGCAGAUAGUUUUCAGACUUCAAAGAGAAAAGUGGAAGAUUGUGUUCCCGAUCUGCUCCCUGAUUCUCACCACUGCUGGAUACAGCCUCCUGGUAAUUGAUUACUAUGUCCGCUGGACAUCUUAUGUGGAUAACCAAAGCGCUGAAUGUUUCAUCUAUAUUGGAAUUGGAAUUUUCUCUUCACUCCUCAUCUCCCUCUGCUGGUGGGAAAACAUAAUGCAGGCAACAAACAACAUGCAGGAAACGCUGUCAGAACUGGAUGGCUUUAGGGAUUUUGUCUUUGUCAUCAGCAGCAUCUUGAGAAUACUGGUGAUAGGGGGAGUUUACCUCAUCUACUAUGUGCUCAUUGAAGACACCAUCACCUGGACGGACUUUAAUCUGCAGAACAGUGAUUGGGAACUCCUACAGAUUGGACUUGUGCUUUUUUUCUUACAAGCCUUCUGUUCAGCAGCUUGCCACUGGUUUGGUGUCGUCGCCUGUAAGAUCCAUGCCCUCAGGAUGGCCUUUGCUCUGCCUCUGUGCCUCACAGGACCCACAGUGCUUGGGUUGGGACUCCUGCUUUUCUUAACACAGGCAGCAAAGCUGGAUGAAGGACAGUCAGGAAAUUAUCCUGAAUUCUGUGACAGCUUGGUCUAUCUGAGUAGCAAAAACACAACUCCCAUUGCUCUACUAGAGGUGACCAAGAGCAUCUGCAGAACAUCACUUAACAGUUUCUACUUGCAAUGGCCCUUCCUUAUGCUGGGACUGGAGGGAGUGUGCAUGUGGUCUGGAUUUGUCACAAGUACCCAUUAUGUAUGGAAAACCAAGGUCCAGCGUAUAGAGAGGACAUCUCAGCUGUUUGUGCGUCGUCUCUACGAAUCGGCUUUCAUCGACCUGUCUUUACUACUCAACACUAAGAUGAAGCUACCAAAAGCUCAAACCAACGAGAGCCAAGAUGACCUACAGAACUGUGUGAUCUAUCUUUGUGCCACCAUGUGGCAUGAGACCUAUGAUGAGAUGCUGAAGAUUCUCACCUCCAUGUUCAGGUUGGACCGCUAUCGAGGUGACCCAAAAGAGGAACACAAGGACUGUUUUGAAUUCGAGUGCCACAUUUUAGUAGACGAUGCCUUCACAGCUGAAGAGGACCCCAAAAACAGACUUGUCAAUUCAUAUGUGAAUGACUUGAUUCAUGUGGUGAUAGAGGUUUACAGGGUGUUCACAAGCAAAGAGCCAGAUGACGUGUCAAUCAUUGACACUCCCUAUGGUGGCAGGUUAAUGUUUGUUCUGCCAGAGGGUAACAUGCUCUAUGUGCAUCUGAAGGAUAAAGGACGCAUCAGAAACAAGAAAAGAUGGUCCCAGAUCAUGUACAUGUAUUAUCUGCUUGGCUGGAAAGGCUACAUCAUCAAGAAUCCUCAUAAAAUGCCACGCCAGAAAACCAGCAGAGGCAGUUUGGUCUCUGUGGAUGGUGCAGGGAAUGUAUAUGUGAAUUCUCCGUGUGACAAUGACAACAAGAGAAAGUUAAUUCAUGAUGACAACACGUAUAUUCUGGCUUUGGAUGGAGACACUGACUUCCAUCCUAAAGCUGUGAUUCUGCUAGUAGACAGGCUGAGGAUGUAUUACAAUGUAGGUGCAGCAUGCGGUAGGAUCCACCCAACUGGUAUGGGUCCCAUGGUGUGGUAUCAGAAGUUUGAAUAUGCCGUCGGCCACUGGCUUCAGAAGACAGCAGAGCACGUGUUUGGCUCCGUUCUGUGCAGUCCGGGAUGUUUCAGUCUGUUCCGGGGCUCUGCCUUAAUGGACGACAAUAUUUUGAAGAGAUACACAACAACUGCAACAAGAGGAUCCGAAUAUGUGCAAUAUGACCAAGGGGAGGAUCGCUGGCUGUGCACUUUGCUGCUGCAACAAGGAUGGCGUGUGGAAUACAACGCUGCAUCAGAUGCCUACACCAACUCACCACAAGAAUUCAAAGAGUUUUACAACCAGAGGAGACGAUGGGGCCCUUCCACUCUGGCUAACACGCUGGACUUGUUGCACAGUGGCAAAGAGACGGUGAAGAGAAACAUGUCCAUCUCAAGGCUUUAUAUCUUCUAUCAGAUGUUCACUGUUGGCUCUUCUAUCCUGGGACCAGCCUCUGUGACUCUCAUGAUAGCAGGUGCUUUUCAGUUUGUCUUCCAAAUCGCUGCUACACUCUCCAUCAUCAUCGCCUGUGUCCCGCCAGUGUUCUACAUCAUCAUUUGUUUUGUGACCAAGGCCAACACACAAAUAACAAUCGCUGCCAUCAUGAGCAUUUUUUAUGCAUUCCUCAUGACUGCAUCCUUUUUUUCCAUCAUUGGUGACAUGGUGGUGCAAGGGACAUUCUUGACCCCAACUGGAGUUUUUCUGGUUUCCAUGGCAAUCAUGUACUUGGUGACAGCUGUACUACACCCAGAGGAAAUGAGUUUGAUUAUAUAUGGUCUGAUGUAUUUCAUCUGUAUCCCCAGUGGAUACCUCCUUCUCACCAUCUACUCACUGGUUAACAUGAACAAUGUGUCUUGGGGCACAAGAGAAUCGAACAAGGGAGAAGCAGAACAGAAAAAGCACCACAAUCUUCUGUGCAAAAGAGACUGUAAACUUUGCUGCUGGGACAUGAAAAUACAAAUAACUCAGGAAACAGAAAAUCUUAUGCUCCAACAGAUCACCGGUGUGGUUGGUCAGCAAGCACUUCCUCUAAUUUCCACAAACCCUGAGAAAACCCCUCAAUCUAGCGCAAAACCUGAGCCUCAAACCAAAGCGGAAGCCUCCCCAGAAAAAGCCGUGGAACUUAAACAUUGUCCAGCUGACAAACACAAAGACAAGGGGUCAAAAGGAAGUGAUGCUGGAACCAGUGAUCGUAGCAACAGUAUUGAGAAAAAGAGCAUUCCAGACUCAUCUGAUGAAGAUGAAGAGGAGCUUAACUUCAUGAUUGAUGAUUUAGAGGAAGUAGAAGAAAUCCCUGUCAACGACUGGGUGGAGCCUGUGAGACAUGAGUUUUUGAAGAAGCUGACUUGUGCAAACAUGAAGAGAAAUCUACAAGCACAAAUUCGAUACACACUCCGCAACAAAGAUUAUGAUGAUGUGUGUGAGGAGUUGGUCCUGAUGUUGACAGACACUUUGACGACAGAGCUGGCUUCAGUAGGACCUGAGGAUGUUUUGGAUCAGCCUAAAAUUGAGGAGCUACAACAUGCACUGACAAAGCAGGCUCGGCAAAUCCUUAAAAACGAUCGAAUGAUGCAAUUAGAGAAGAGAGUAAAAAGUGCCAUUGAGAAAACCCUCGCUGCACCACAAAUUGAAAGACUGGAUGAGGGUGAGAAGGACUUCUGGGAAAAGCUGAUUGAGCGAUACUUGACCCCAAUCAAAGACUCACCGGAACACAAGGAAAGAGUCAGCAAAGAACUGAAGUCACUGCGCAACAAGGCUGUCUUCCUGUACUUCAUCAUCAACGUGCUGUGGGUGGUAGCCACCUUCUUCCUGCAGGCCAUUGGAAAUGAUAUCAUCAGCAUCAAGAUCCCCAAAUUUUCUCCUGAUGGGAAUCAUACUGGAGAAUACCUGAAGGGUCUACACUCUGAUCCAUGUGGUCUCUUAUCGUGGCUCAGAAAAAGACUACAAAGUGAGAGAGAUUGAGGAUGAAAGUGAGGAUCUCACCUUUGCAAACCGAAAUGCCAUUACAGUAACCAGCGAAGACUUCUAAACAACUGCUAUUAAGUUCCUUACCAACCUACGGCUGCUUUUUCUGUGAGGGUUUAUUUCUUUAAGUCUUCACGACAAAUUCAUGCUUGCAUGUUUUUAUCAAACCACACAUAGGUUGCUAAGAUUUGUUGUAUCCGAUGCCGUGUCCUUACUUGGUCGACACAGCUAGUUAACUUUUCACCAUUCCGCAUCAACAUUGGGAAGCUAACCAGCAUUAGAGAAAUCGUUUUCCUUUAUCAAGAGUUUAAUACGUUUUGUUUGGCAAUAAUAAAUGAGAAAGUGGAUGUAGGUUUUUAAAAAGCCACUGGAGAGUGGUUUUAAUGACUGUUUUACCUAAAUGUGUAUUUAUUUUGUCUGCAUGGAUAAAUGCAUCUUGAUUAAAGAUGAUGUCGCACAAGCCAUGCUCUCCAUUUGACAGUAAUGUUUUAUUGAUAAUCUUUCCAUUACAUAUUUGCACACAGACUUAUACUUUAUGGUUUAUGAUGUUCUAGAGUAAUUGGAGUUACCUUUAGAACAUCGCAUUUAAAUUGAGUAAUUAUGAAUGUUGGUAAUUGAAAAGAGGGGAAAAGUCCAUAAACGACUUAACUGGCUGGAAAAACUGUAGAAUUAAUUAAAACUGUGAAUAAUGUAUUUGUAUUUGUAAAAUGACCUGCAUAAACUUUAAAUAAACUAUUUUCUGCAAGG